AUUACUGACCACAGUUCAGUAAAGUCAGAUGUAAAGUCGGAAGUAAAGUAAGAAGUAAAAUAAUCAAUAACAAAUAAUCAUCAAAACGAACCUUUAAUUGUGUUUUUACUACAAUAGAGCAACAUAGGCCUAAUGAAGGGCGCAAACCCCUCGCUGCCAGAGGCUACACUAUAAAUUCAAGUGACAGUACGAUCCAAAACCAUAUAUAAAGCUAACGCAACUUUUUUGACAUUGUUAUGCUAUGGCUUGGAAAACGGGCAAAGGACACAACGGAUAUGGCAGUAAUUUGGCAAUGCGACUCUCAUUCCUCAUACAUGAGAUUUGUUUCAGCAUGGGACCAUGCAUUAAUUACAGAGAGGGAUAUCUCUAUACUUAGUACUUUUCGCCAAGUACCAAUCAAGCCGACUUCGAAAUACAAAUAAAAGAAAAAGUUUAGCAACUUGCGGGUUAAAAAAUACUAGUAGCCGCAGAUGACCUUAAUGCAACUAAUUGAAAACCAGCGGCCAAUGUGAAAAGACCUCUCGCAGGUCCCAAAUAGGAAGCAGAAUCGCUAGAUAAGGAGUUGUUUGGAUACAUGCUGGAAGAAUCGUGACCCAAAAAUGGCUUAGUAGCAGACACUAUGAAACGAAUUACAUGAGCGUGUGAUGGAUCAAGGGCCAGACGAUGUUUCUGUAAGUGGAAAGAACCAGUAUAUUAUUGGACCGACGACAUAGUCGACCUAAGAACUCAAUGCAAUUGAGCAAGAAGACUGUACCAAAUAUCAAGGGGAACUAAUGCUAAUUUCAACCAGUGUACAAAGACAGGCGAACACAGUUUAAAAAAGCGAUUAUAUCCAGUAAGAGAAGUUGUUUCCAAACGCGAAUUGAAGAGUUAGAGUAUGAUCCAUUGAUCCUAGCAUACGAAUUGACUACGAAAAAACUUAAACAUUUAAUUCAACUGUGUCCCGAGUUCGUAGACGAAAUAGUCGUUCCUACAGAAAAUCACGUUUGCAUCUGACCCAAUGACGGAGGUGGGGAAAAAUGUUAGAUUAACCCCUUAGGGAAUUGUCGUUACCGAAAGGCAAUUUAAAGACAAGAAAACCCCGAGUGCUAGUGGUAUCCACAACUGCACUAUAAAACAGGCAAUUCUAACAAACCCAGCGAUGUUUGUGAGUAUGUUCAACGAGUGCUUGAGAGAAUACAUUUUCCGCGCAAGUGGAAAUACCAAACGCUCAUGCUAUUGCUGAAGCCAAACAAACCGCUACAUACACCAACGACGUACCGGUCUAUUUGUCUGCGGGACAUGACAGACAAAGUGUGCGAGGAGGUAAUAGGUAAGCGUAUAGAAGAAUUACUGGAGAGCUUAAACGGCCUGUCGGAUUGCCAUUUUGGUUUCAGGAAAAAGGGGAGCACUGUAGAUGUAAUGGAAAUUUUGGGUGGUAAGUAACAAAAAAUGCUGUCAGCAAAUUAGUAUUCUGUCAUAGUUGUCCUUUCGAAAAGAAGAGUAUCGCAUUAUGGUACCAAUAUCGUGGGUAACUAGUUUACUCGCAGGAAACUUUGAUAUGAAACAGAAGAAGGGUACAGAAAAUGGUUGGUCGCAGAAGGGAUACACCAGGGACCAUUCCGAGGUGCCACAUUAUGAAUUGUGAUGUACGAUGAGCUUUUGAGAUUAUCUUUCUUAGACCCCCGAAUUUAGAGCAAAUCAUCAUCAUAGCAUAUAGACCGUGAGAUAGCUCCAGUCGGUUGAUCUAAACCUUGCAGGAGACAAGACCGAGGCGAAGUUAAUGAAAUUAAGAUGAAAUCCCAAGACGUUAUAAAAUACAAAUAUAACGUCGAUGAUCGACUGCAGACAAUCACAUAAACAGCAUCUACGAUAUAAAUGUAAGAAAGCUACGAAGGUAAAAAAACACUAGCGCGCUUGCUGUCUAAAAAGCGUGGACCGUAGAAACUUCAUCCAGACUGCAUCACGUUUAUGUGCUUUAAUUGUUUGCGCCCCAUAUUGUACGGUGUCAGAAGAUGUCGCGCCGGUGACCGCUGGCAUAAUACUAACCGAAUUGCGGGCUAAAGAAUGCCUUUAUGAGGCCGAACUGAACGUGUAUUCCUGAACGAGUAGUCCGUCUGAAUUACCAAAACGAAUGACAGACACUGCAGACGGAAAUCGGAGAGUGUAUUCUCUCGGACGACCUCGUGGCAAAUAUGCUACACGAUCUGAGACAAUGGAAAGCGGUAGAAGUGGCGCAAACAUAAUGAGAAUAUAAUGAAACGAAGAGGUAAAUGCAGGCUCAUAGAUAAGGCUUAAAUGGCUACCUUCCCUGUGAAAGUAUACUUUGCGGUCGUGCUACGUAGGAGUGCAGGUGGUGUUUGGCGGGUUCAAAUUUCGCACUGACCCAAAUAGACGCCUUCGAUGGUUUUCCACUUUAAAAAAAAAACACAUACAUGAUCAAUCAAUCAAUGAUUCGGAACUCUCGUUUCUGAAACAUAUUCUAUCUAUUUCUAAAUUAUAUAAUUCAUUACAAUAUAGCAGAUAUAUUUUCUAUGUUUGAUAUGUUUUAUCUAUUUUAUAAUUUUUACUUCCGCUAAACCUAUGCAUUUAUGCAAAAUUUUUAAUAAAAUUCAUUUCUGUUUUACAUCUCUGUAAUGUAAAAACCCAUUUUAUACAUAUAUAUAUAUAUAAAUAUAUACAUAUAUACAUAUAAACUAUAUUAUAACGCAACGUUUUCCAUUAAUCGAGUUUAAUAAUUCUUUAAAUAUUCAUCUCAAUAUUAACAUCAAUUUUAUAAGGUUUCACGCCAAAAACAACAGGAAGAAUAAAAUGAACCAUACAUACGCCUCAAUAUAUCAUUAUUAGUGCAUAACGUUUGAGAUGGAAAUAAGUAAAUAUGCAAAGCAUUCAUUAACAUUUUGCAUCGGAGAAGUACACCACGCAGUCUUUCCAGAGGAUAUUUCGAAAAAAUCCUCUUUAUCUAAGCGUUCAAAGUAAUUCAGAAAUCAAAAAUUCAUAAAAAAUUCUGUCGAAAAAAAUUCUUUCAGAUUUUUGGGUCAAUGAAGUAUGAUUUGAGUUAGUCUUUUCGAAAUUUUUGAUAUCCAGUACAAUCUCCUUUAAAUCUAAUCAAUGAGUUGUCGUUGCUUUUUUUUCAAAAAUCUAUAUAUACGUGCUAUGAUUAAUAUGUUCGUCAUAACAUGAAAUACUGUCAUUUAACCCUAACAAGUAUACUCCUCAAUGGCAGCCAAUUGGUUAAACAAAGUUAUCCAUUUGUCUGUCUAUUAAAUCAUUAAGAGUAUGUUGUUCAAGGGUGCUUAUAUAUAAAUAUAAAUUUUUAAAAAGUUUUAUAAAAACGUUCAAUUUCUUAUCUUUUUUUUAAAGGCUUUACUUCCCCUUAACGUUUAUCCGUUAAUGAAACUAAAAUUCGAUUAAGCAAACGGAACUAAAGAUUUUCCUAAAUCAGCAAAGAUUUUUAUAAGAGAAAAAUAACGCGAAAGUAAAUUAAUACAGAGAUAUGCAUAAAGAGGCAAAUAAUUUUGCGUGUACCAUGAUCGAAAACAUUAAAACAAAGAAGUAACUUAACCGUUGCUCGUAACAUAUUUAUAUGUGUGCGUGUAUAUUUUUAAUGCAAAAGCAUUGAAAGGCUAUAAUAAACACCACCAUUAAUAUAUUUUUGGUAUAAAACUCACUAAAUAUUUAAAAUAAGCAGACAGUUCGUUUGAAAACUUAAUGGCAAAAAGUUCAGCAUUCACGAGAGAAUUUAACAAGAGAAGAAAUAAAAAACAAAAGCAAGCUUAAAAAAAAAACCAAAAAAACAAACUAAAAGAAAUAAAUUGAAAUAAAAAAUGGAGAAGUUUCUCGUAAGACAAGUUAAAGUUUUAUAAAGACAUACUAAAUUUUCCCAGUAAAUUUUAAUUGAGAAUAAUAAAAGCAACUUUUUACAGAUCGGAUCAAGUGUCAAUUUAACGCUUAAUAAAUUCCUUUUAAGUUUUACAAUAAUAUCCUCGUUAUUGGUGGCGGCUGCGAUGCCCGGCAAAGGCAGGGUUGCUAGUGAGCCUCGUAAACAUUUUAUCAUUCAUAUUCCCAUGAAAAUACGUACGCAUCAUCACACACACACCGUCUACACGCAUGUAUAUCACAACAAUCAAAAAGGUACUAAGCAGACGGUUUACAAAAUAAUGAGCUUUGCGAUGAAUCCGGGUGGUUCUACGCCGGGCGCUGGCAGCAGUAUUUUUAGAGCGAAUAGCAAUGUUGGUGGUAUACAUCAUGCCAAAACUGUCGAUUCUUUUAGUAAUAAAGCCAAUCGGGAUGGUUAUGAUGAAAUUUUAUACGAUGACUAUCAGAAUUGUGAUAUUUUACCGGCUCGCAGUAAACAUUUACAUAAGAAAUAUCUACGUAAGCAUGAUAAUGACGCCGAGGACACCGAUGAUGGUGAUAAUGAUGAUGAUGAUGGUGAUGAUAAUAAUGACUACGAUGAGGAUGAAGGCGUUGUAUAUCCUUUAAAGGUUGACGAAACUUCAGAAGAUAUCUAAGCAGUUGUAAAGAAGCUUUUUAUUUGUAUAUCUAUAUGUAUCUAUGUAUACGUGUGUGAAACUACUAUAUUCAUAAAAGAAAAGAACAAAUGUCGCAAAAUACGUACAAAAAAUCGUACGAACUUGCCCUAAGU